AUGUCUGCAAACUACUUCAACAAUGCUGGUGCCAACGAGAAUGUCGUUAGCUUUGAAGCAUGGAUAUUGUGGCAUAAGUUGAAUGGUGCUGCAGACUUGACCGCAACAGCUGCAAAAAAAAGUUAUCUGGAGCAACUAACAGCAGCUAUUGACAAGAAGCAGGGUAAUCACAAAAUACUUACCGAUGCAAGGCAGAAAGCCUCGAACCUGACUGCUAGUACUGCUAUGGCAAGGGCUCAAAAGGCUUAUGACGAUGACAAGAUUAUUCCAAAUAUUGGAAACGAUAUGGAACGUCAAGCACUUGUCAUCUUUGAUAAAAUGCUUGAUGAGAUGCAUACAAACGGGGAAGCAGUUAAUCCCCUACGACCUAUUGCAUGCGGUGUUCUUGAUACGAGCGGAGCGGACAGUCUUUGGACAGAAAUGACUGCCAGAGACAAUGUGGUACUUUGUCUUAGCUGUCUACCUGAAGCAUACAUAUCUCCUGAUGUUCAUGGUGCUAUACCUAUAAUGUGUCAGGAUUUGAUUGGUAAUUACCAGACUCGAGAUAUUUGUGGUAAAGUUGCUUUGAUCCAACCUGUCAACAUGCCAUGGGUAAGGGGGGCUAAAGAUAAGCUGCAGGUUCACGCAGCACACACAUUGUUGGAAAACCUGCGUCAUAUCUGGGCUGUGCAAUCCCCAGAUGGUGUCAACAGUUACAAUGAAGGGACUUACGUCGCUCGCAUUGUAACAGAAUUGUUCAAAGGUUUUAGUUAUGGAGAGAUACCUUUGGACGUGAGAUGGGCUGAGGAGGUUAGUGAGGCAUCAACGAGAGGUCAUAAACCUGACAUGUGUAUCAAAGUGUCCCUGCCUGAUAAAGAAAGUCUGGAAAUAUUAUUUCUAGAGAGUUCACGGCCUAAAGCCGAUGUUUCAAAGUUUCUUUUGGAUUGGGUCAAGUUGGUAUGCAUGUGUAAGGAUGCACAUGUUCAAAUGUUUAAUACCAUAACAAAGGAUCAAGCAGCUCAACUGGGUAUGCUUGAGGGUGGUAAAGCAUUUCUGGAACAAGUGGGUGCUGUGCCUAUCUUGAUGAUACAAGUUCAUUGCCUUGAGAUUAAGAUCGCGGUGUUAGAUAUGCCUUAUUGUGUAUAUUAUCGGGUACGUGUGCUAGAGAGUUUUACAAUACCCUUAAAACUUCUUGAAAAUCCAGAGGAAUUGGAGAAAUUUGUAAACUGCUGGCUACGCCUUCAAGCAUAUAUCAAUAAGGUUGCUAGGGAACUGCGGCAUCUCUGGCAAAUGAAAAGAGAGUUGUUCUUCAGCCAAAGAGAUACAGACCUUAAUGCAAUGAAUAUUGAUCAUUUGGAGACUCCCAGCACGCCUCAAAGUGAUUACCUUACUUACUAUAGCAUGAAUACGAAGAAUUGA